AUGGACGUGGUGUUGAACUCGGCAACGGCGCCAUACUUGAUAAUCCCUCUACCGGCCGGAUAUGCGUUGGGGUGGCUGUCACGGUUGGGGGCUUCGACGCAGCUGCAGCUCAUGGCCGCUUUCUUGCCCGGGAUCCAGAUGAUGUCAACGAUGAUCGUGAUGUUUCUGAUCCGCCAACAAGCCAUCAUGCCGGACGGACAUCAACUAAAAUUCUCAACACGCACCGCGCACAUCAUCUACGCGGCCAUCCCUACACUGUUUUGCUUGCAAAUAUGGGGUGUGAUGAUUUACAUGCUCGUCUGCGAUGACCAACCGGCGGCCAAGAAAUUGUACGAAGAGAAAUACCCAUUCUUUCGGCGUUUUUUCGAUAUACCGUCGCUGUACGUCUUCUCACCCGAAAUCGGUGGCAUGGUCAUAAUGAACCUAUCGAUUUUCGUCUUCAUCACCAUCGGCACGAUUGCAGGCAAGUUCUCGGUGCUGUCAGUCGCGGGUCGCGCCAAUGGCGGCAGCAUCUGCACCGUAUGCUUCAUCGUUCUGACCGGCCAAAAACAAUUCAUGAGCCUGAAGACAUAUCGAUUACAGAAGCUAUGGGUCUACAACUGCAUUAUUCAGGUAACGGUACCGAUGGUGACGCUAGUUGGUCCAAUCGGUCUUGAUAUGUAUAUCUACUUUGCCGAUGACAUCGCUCUAGUUGGAUUUUUGCCUUUCAUCAUCGCGAUGGGUGGGCAGCAUGGGUUCUGCUCGAGCAUCGUCACGCUGCUCAUCUACAAGCCUUAUUCGGAAUAUGUCAAAAAAUCUACGCUCUCUGUUAUCGCAUUCAUUAAACCCCAUGGGGCUUUUGGGCGUCCUGCCACGUCAGUCAGAGCCACUUCGGCCACCAUCAAUCGAUCUUUGACGGCCACUAUCAGCUAUACAGUAAAUCCACCGAUGAAACGGAGA